GGAGCAGGCCCAGCUGAAGGCCAGCGUGGUUGAGGAGGACACCGAGGAGUGGCAGAAGGACUCGAGUUUUGCAGGACUGGAGAGAGUGGGAGGCCUGGACCUGUCUUACAUCAAAGGAGAUGACACCAGUGCCUGCGCUUCCCUGGUGGUGCUGAGCUACCCGGCUCUGGAGGUGCUGUACGAGGAUUGCCGGAUGGUGGCUGUGAGCGCCCCGUACGUGGCGGGGUUCUUGGCCUUCCGGGAGGUCCCUUUCCUGGUGGAAGCUGUUCAGAGACUACAGCAGGAGCAGCCCGAGCUCGAGCCUCAGGUGCUUCUUGUAGAUGGGAAUGGCCUCCUCCAUCCCAGAGGGUUUGGUGUGGCCUGUCACCUCGGAGUCCUGACGGAUCUGCCAUGCAUUGGAGUGGCCAAGAACCUCCUGCAUGUGGAUGGCUUGGCCAGGGACGAGCUGCACAAAGAAAAAGUUCGUUCCCUGCAGCAGGGAGGAGACUCGUUCCCACUGACGGGCACCUCGGGGGCAGUCCUGGGCAUGGCCCUGCGCAGCUGCAGCAGCAGCUCCAAGCCCCUGUACGUCUCGGUGGGUCACAGGGUGUGCCUGCAGACCGCCGUGCGGCUGGUCAGCUCCUGCUGCAGGCACCGCCUCCCGGAGCCCAUCCGGCAG